UUGGAUUCUCGUCGCGACCGCCGAUCUGAUAGGACGUGGAAUCCUUCUAGUUAAGUUAUAAUACGUCUUAGUGUUUAUCGUUCACACUCACAAUUAUUUUUGAAGAGGAUCGGCUUGAUUUACAACUCUAAAUUCUGGAGGAAUCUUCCUAAAAUUUCAUCCAUUGUACCACAGCCUGAUCGGGAACUAGACAGAAUCAAAUUCUGAGAUUGUCUGCGAAUUGAACUACGACGCACUGGCAUCCAUUUACCAUCAACUAUUACAUGGAUUGAGCAGUGAAUCUAUUGAGCUACUUUGACAUUUAAUAUUUUGGGAGUUUAAAUGAAGGAGAGCUUCUUUUGAGAAUACCAUGAUUCUGGUUAUACCUCAGGUUAUCUGUUAGAAAACAGAAAUAGGUUUCGAUAAUCGAAUAAGAUUCGUUAAUUACAGCAAUAGGAGUAAUAUAAAGAAUAAAGAGGUUGAUAGCAAAACGAAAGAUUCCCCUCUCGGAAGGGGAAUCGGUGUUAAUACAACAUGAAAAGUGAAGACGUUAAUAUGGAAAACAUAGAAAAAGAAAGGAAUACGACAGAAAUGGAAAUUGAAGAAGAAAAACAAAGAAAGAGGGAAGCACAAGAAAUAAUGGAGGGACAACCCAAAUCAAAAUUAAGUAAAGGAAAAGAGGGAAACUGGAUGGAAAAAAUCAAUCAGAGUAGAGAAGAGUUAAAGAAAUUCCAUGGAAAGAUGCACAAUGCUAAUAAUUUCAGCUUAGAAGAAACAAACAAAAACGAUGAAACAGUACACAAGGAAAUCAAUGAGGAAGAACUAUACAGGAUCUUGAAAAUGGGAAACACGACCAUAGACUACUCUACGGAGGAACCAUCAGUAAUCUACUUCAACGACAAAGGUAACCUAAAGGUGGUAAGAAAAGAGGAUAAAGAAAUAAUAAGGGAAAUAGAAAGUAAAGAAUACCAGCGUUAUGACGAGGGAAUAGAGGGAUCAGCGACGAUAACAUGCAGAUUGAAGAAAGAAAUGACAACGACCAAAAAAGGAAAGAAUAUGACGAAAAUAGUAUUAUUGAUGCACAAGUUGGGGUACCAACAAACUGAAAUCAAGAUGUCCAGCUUUAGUGGUGCUAGUGUUAGGUUUAUUAAUAGAAAGAUAGCUAAUAAAUUUCUUGAGGAUGCGCUCAAAAUCCCAAGAAUAAUCUCUGCCAACAUAGAAAGAACGGAAAUCACCAGUAUAGGCGUAGUAUCAGACUGGCCUAACGGCAUUCCGGAACUUUGGGAGGCAAUGGAUGAAAAAGAAAAUAUAGUCAAAAUGGAAAGAAUGCAGAAAAGAAUAUGGGAUGAAAACACAAAAAUUAUGAAAACGAGAGGGACUGAUAAUAUUUUAGUAACGUUUAAAGGUAAGGCAAUUAAACAUAAGAUAAGUAUUUAUAAUGACAUGAGCUGCCUGAGAGUUCGCCCAUUUGUAGGAGGAGUCCGACAGUGCUUCAACUGCUUUAGAUUCGGUCACAUUAAAACGCAAUGCAAAAGCACAAAAAGAUGUAUGAUCUGCGGCCAAGAGGAGCACGGAGUCUGUGAGAGAGUCCCAGAAUGUCGAAAUUGCAGAGGCGAACACAAAUCGGUCAACAAAACGUGUAUCUACUAUAAGAAAAAUAGAGAGAUUAAAGAAAUAAUGGCCUACAACAACUGUACAUUCUUCGAAGCGACACAAAUACUUAUAGGUCACGAUACAAGCUCAAAUAAACUAGAAUAUAGUAGGUAUAAACAAGUAGAACAAUGGCCAGUAUUGUCAAGAUCAUUCGCUACCGCAGUUAAAGAUAAGAUACACUUCCAAGAUAAUCAGGAAACAAAAGAAAAAGAAAAUAAAAAACCACUCAGGGAACUACACAGGAACAUAUACCGACAAGAAAAAGCUCAGGAAAGACCAAUAGAAAGAACACACAACAGAAAUAGGGAAGAAAACACAGAGUAUUACAAGAGGUUUGACAAUAGAGAAUGGGACAUUAGAAAAGAUAGGAGAGGCAUAGUAUUCAAGGACAGGAUCUACGAAAAAGAAAAAUAUAGUGGUUCAGAAGAAGACAGUCAGACAGAAAACUCAAACAAAGAAAACACUAACUACACAAGACACCCCUUCAGAAAAAAAGAAAGCGAUGGGAGACGAAAUUAUGAAAACACCUUUUGGGAAAAACACUACAGAAGAAUAGGAAACGAGGAAAUGAAAGGAAAUAACUACGGACACUCAAAAUUAAAAGUGCAAAGAGAAAUCGGAAAAAACACUUAUAAUCAGUUACACAAUAUAAGACUAUAAACAAACACAAAUAAAAAUAUAAUAUUACAAAACAUAUAACGCACAGGUUAUUAAGAUGAUAAAUAUAAUAAUGUGGAAUGCAAGAGGAUUACAAGGGAAAAGAGACGAAUUAAAAACUCACAUAGGAUCUUACGACAUAAUAAUUAUAACAGAAUCUAAAAUUAAUGAGAAAAAAUCAAUCUCAUUUUCUGGAUACAACGAAGUAAAAAGAGACAGCAGAGGAAAUAGCGGAGGAGUUAUUAUAUACAUAAGAAAAGGUAUCAGAUUUGAGGUAAUCAAAGAAUUAGUAGAAAGAAACGAUAACAUAGAUGUAAUAGGCAUAAGAACUAAAAAUCUAUCUAAAAACUUUAACUUGGUAGCGGUUUACAGAAGACCAAACGGAAUUGAAAAUAAAAGAAA